CCAUCAAUUGCAUCCGAAAGUACAGGUCGCACGAUACGGGCUGGAUCGCAUAUGCGAAACAGCCCAUCCACUGACAUAGCUGGUCUAUCACCAGAGCAACAUCUCGAAAAAGGCAUAGAAUGCCACUCUUCAGGCUCCCUCAGCAAAUCAACAUACCACCUUCGUCUGGCCGCUAGAGCCGGACUCCCUACAGCGAUGCUUCUUUACGCUCUUGCUUGUCGACACGGCUGGGGCAUGCGUCCCAACCAAGCUGAGGGCGUCUCGUGGCUUAGACGUGCAGUCGACUCGGCUGGAGUCGAGUUCAUUGAGGACGGAACGACUGAUGGCUCACAGGCCGUAUCAAAGGAGCAAAAAGCCCGCAAAGCCCAAUUUGCACUUGCCAUUUAUGAGCUUGGCAUGUCGUAUAUGAACGGGUGGGGUAUACCCAAGGAUAAGCCUCUUGCUGUCAGGUGUUUUGAGAUCGCCGGCAGCUGGGGCGAUACCGACGCGCUCGCCGAAGCAGGAUUCUGUUAUACCCAGGGCGUGGGAUGCAGAAAGGAUCUCAAGAAGGCAGCAGAGUUCUACCGCCAGGCUGCGGACAAGGGUAUGAGCAUGGCUGGUAACAGCUGG